AUGAAAAUAUUUAGAAUAACAGCUUGGAUUAAACGCUUCACUUUGAAAACUAGGAAACCUGCAAAUUUAACAGAUGUUUCUACAGCUGAAGAGCUUAAAGACGCAGAAGAAUUCUGGAUCCGUAGAAUUCAAAGAGUAGCUUAUAAUUCGGAAAUUUCGGCAUUAGAAAAUGAUAAAAGCAUAUCUAAGAAGUCAUCCAUAUUUUUCUUUUCCCCGUUUUUAGACGAUAAAGGAAUCUUAUGGCUUGGAGGAAGACUACAAUUCUCCGAUUUCAGCACCGAAGAAAAACAUCCUCUCCUCUUACCUCGAAAUUCAAAAUUUACGGAACUGAUUACUGAAAGAGAUAACAAGUUAAUGCAUAGUGGAGUUACAGCCACUUUGACCAGUUUUCGAAAAGAAUACUGGAUACCGAAAAGCCGACAGCUUAUAAAGAAGAUACUUAGAAACUGUCUUAUUUGUAGAAAGUAUACAGCAAAACCUGCUCAACAGAUGACCGCACAGCUGCCAAAAUACAGAAUAGUUCAGACUCCACCAUUUUUGGUUUCAGAAAUGGACUUCGCGGGUCCAGUUUGGGUUAGAUCAGAAACCGGAACUGAGCAAUCGUACAUAGUUCUUUUCACCUGA